AUGAAGCAUUCUGCUAUUUUUGUUGCAACCAUCGCUGCGCUGGCGCAGUCAGCUUCAGCGCACUAUAUCUUCAGCAAGCUUGUUGUCAACGGCGAAAUAUCGAAUGACUGGCAGUACAUCCGUCAGACUACUCGAAGCGAGAACUAUAUGCCCACCAAGUUUACUUCCACGUUCGACAACCUGACCCCCAAUGACAACGAUUUCCGCUGCAACUUGGGCUCUUUUACCAACGCCGCAAAGACCGAGGUUGCUGAGGUCGCGGCUGGUGAUAGCAUUGCCAUGAAGCUUUUCUACGACGCAAGUAUCGCGCAUCCUGGGCCUGGUCAAGUUUACAUGUCCAAAGCGCCCUCUGGUAAUGUCCAGCAGUACGAGGGUGAUGGUGAAUGGUUCAAGAUCUGGGAAAAGACUAUUUGCAAUGAAAAUGGCGACCUCACCAAGGAUGCUUGGUGCACCUACGGCAUGUCCCAGUUUGAGUUCGAGAUCCCUGCAAACACCCCAGCCGGCGAGUACCUCGUCCGGGCUGAACAUGUCGGUCUCCAUGGUGCCCAAGCCAACGAAGCCGAGUUAUUCUACAGCUGCGCCCAAAUCAAGGUCACUGGCUCCGGCAACGGGUCCCCCAGCUUAACUUAUAAGAUCCCCGGGCUUUACAACGACUCCAUGAAGCUCUUCAAUGGUCUGAACCUUUGGACAGACUCCGCUGAUGCGAUUGAAUCGGAUAUUCUAGACACGCCUAUUGGUGAUGAUGUCUGGAACACUUCGAAAGGCCUGGCAAUUUAA